UGCGCGGGCUACUCUCAUUGUGAUUGUUGACAGUUUCUCUGUGGAGUGAUUUUGGCGGUUUUUGCAAGACAGCCGCCACCACAAAGUUUUCGUUUGAAACCCAUGUUUUCUUUUAAUUAAGUGAAAGGUUGUUAGAUUCAACCCCAAUCAGAGAAUGUAUAUCAAGCAAGUGAUUAUACAAGGUUUUAAAAGUUAUCGUGAGCAAACAGUGGUAGAACCGUUUCACCCAGGUCACAAUGUUGUCGUUGGCCGAAAUGGUUCUGGAAAGAGCAAUUUCUUUUAUGCCAUCCAGUUUGUGUUGAGUGAUGAAUUUAAUCACUUGAGACCUGAACAGAGACAGGCUCUGCUACAUGAAGGAACAGGGCCUAGAGUGAUUUCGGCCUAUGUGGAAAUCAUCUUUGAUAACACAGACAACCGCCUUCCUAUUGACAAAAAGGAAGUUAGUCUGAGACGUGUGAUUGGUUCAAAGAAAGAUCAGUACUUCCUGAGUAAAAAGAUGGUGACCAAAGCAGAUGUUGUCAAUCUGUUAGAAUCAGCCGGGUUUUCUCGUUCCAACCCUUAUUACAUUGUCAAACAAGGAAAAAUUAACCAGAUGGCUACAGCGCCUGAUUCCCAUCGUUUGAAACUUCUAAGAGAAGUCGCUGGAACCAGGGUGUACGACGAACGAAAGGCCGAAUCCGAAACCAUCAUGAAAGAAACGCAAGGAAAACGAGAAAAGAUCGAAGAGUUUUUACGGACGAUUGAAGACAGGUUGAAAACGCUGGAAGAAGAAAAGGAAGAAUUGAAAGAAUACCAGAAAUGGGACAAAAUCAGGCGCGCAGUAGAAUACACCAUUCACGACCGAGAGCUAAAAGAAACAAGAAAAAAAUUAGACGAUAUGGAAAACACGCGAAAGGACUCGGGUGAUCGUCAAGAUAAGUUGAGGCAGCAGCUGGAACGGGCCCAAGAAAACAGCAAAUCCGCCUCAAGAGAACUUCGUGAUCUGAAACAUCGUGCCCAAGCUGCUCGAGAGGAGCGCGAUACAUUAAAUGCAGAGCAACAACAACUUCUGAAAGAAAAAUCCAAGUUAGAAUUAACCAUUAAAGAUUUAAGUGACGAAGUGCAAGGAGAUAACCAAUCUAAGGAGCGUGCCGAACGAGAACUCCAGCGUCUUCACGAAACCAUCGCCCAGAAAGAUGGUGAACUCGAGCGUAUCAAGCCCCAGUACGAAGAAAUGAAACGGCGCGAAGAGGAAUGCACUAGAGAACUUGCACUGAAAGAGCAAAAACGUAAAGAACUCUAUGCAAAGCAAGGUCGUGGGUCACAGUUCACUUCCCGAGAUCAGCGUGAUACGUGGAUUCAAAACGAAUUGAAGUCUCUCUCGAAAGCUAUUAAGGAGAAAAAUGAGCAAAUAGAGCGUCUCCAAGAAGACUUGAAGCGUGACGCCCGCAAACGCGUUGAACUGGAGAAGAAAAUUGAAGAGAUGACCAGUGAAAUGGAGAAUCAUCGGUUAAGUAUCGACGAUCAUAAUAAAGUCUUUUACGAUAUGAAGAAAAGAAAAGAUGGACUCCAGACCGAGCGAAGUGGACUGUGGAGAAACGAAACAUUGGUUCAACAGAAUUUAGCCUCCUCCAAAGAGGAACUUGCCAAAUCGGAUCAGGUGUUACGUUCGUUGGCUGGUAAGCCUAUCUUAAAUGGAAGAGACAGUGUGCGUCAAGUUUUGGAUAAUAUGCGCGCUAAGGGUGGUCGCAUGGCUGAAAUUGCGGAUUCCUAUCAUGGUCUUGUCAUUGAAAAUUUUGACUGCGAUAAAAGUAUUUUCACGGCUGUAGAAGUCACGGCCGGUAACCGAAUGUUUCAUCAUAUUGUAGAAUCAGACCGUGUUGGCACAGAAAUUCUCAAACAAAUGAAUCACGAAAAGCUACCUGGAGAGGUAACAUUUAUGCCGCUGAAUCGUUUGAAUGUUCGCGAGACGAACUACCCUCAAACGGAGGACGCUUUGCCAAUGGUUACCAAAUUACAAUAUUCCGACCGUUUCGACAAAGCCAUGCGAUACAUUUUCGGGAAGACAAUGAUCUGUCGUAAUUUAGAAGUUGCUAGUGUUCUCGCUCGUACUACUGGAUUAGAUUGCGUUACUCUCGAUGGAGAUCAAGUUUCCUCAAAGGGCUCGCUUACCGGUGGUUACGUGAAUACUUCAAGAUGCCGAUUGGAAGUGUACAAAACUCGAUCGACCCUGAACGCACAAGUAGCUGAAAAGGAAAAGGAACUGGCUGAUUGCCGAACGAAAUUGCAACAAGUGGAAAGUGAAGUAAACCAACUGCUCAGCGAAAUUCAGCGCACAGAAACUAAAAAUAGCAAGUCUAAGGAUGUUUUUGAGAAAGUGAAAGCAGACAUACGAUUAAUGCGGGAAGAGCUAAACAACAUCGAGCGAUCCAAGCAACCCAAAGAGAGAUCACUAGCGCAGCUACGUUCAUCACUGGAAGCCAUGCAGUCGACCAAAGAAGGUCUCGAAUCAGAAUUGCAUCAAGAGCUAAUGACGCAGCUUUCGGUAACUGACCAAUUAGAAGUAGACCGGUUAAAUGACGAUAUUCGUCGCCUGACGCAAGAAAACAAAGACGCUUUUAUCCAACGUAUGAGACUCGAAGCGGACAAAAACAAGCUUGAGAAUUUACUUACAAACAAUUUGAUACGGAGACGAGAUGAAUUGCACCAAGCCUUGCAAGAGAUUUCGGUCGAGGAUCGCAAUCGUAAGUUGGAUCAUUGCCGCUCCGAGUUGGGCACAGUGGAACGCCGACUUGACGACGUGAGCGAUGCACUCAAGGAUGUCGAGAAGAAAGUUUCAGAUCUGAGCCGAAAGCAGAAGGAAGCACAGAGUGACCUGGAGAAGUUACGUUUCAAAGAAAAGGACAUCGAUGAACGUCUUGCUGAGAGCGCCAAAGAUUUUGAUAAAAUGGCAUCUAGGCAAACAGCGCUGCAGCAGAAGAUUACUGAGUGCACGGAAAAGAUUCGCGAUCUGGGAUCGCUACCUAGCGAUUCGUUUGACAAGUAUCAAUCAAUGGCGACGAAGUUGCUUUUUAAACAACUGGAAAAGGCAAAUUCCGAGUUAAAAAAAUAUAGCCACGUUAACAAAAAGGCUUUGGAUCAAUUCAUUUCCUUUUCCGAAGAAAAAGCAAAGUUGUUAGAGCGUAAAGAAGAGUUGGAUCGUGGCUAUGACAAGAUUAAAGAGUUGAUGAGCACACUGGAAUAUCGAAAGUACGAGGCCUUGCAGUUCACUUUCAAGCAAGUAUCGAAGUACUUUUCUGAAGUUUUCCAACGGCUCGUCCCUAAUGGACACGCGUACUUGAAGAUGGAUACCGGUGCUGAUUCGGCUGGUAACUCGGAAGAUGCAUCAGCUUCGUUUGGUGACACAGAGGGAACGGAUCAGUUUACAGGUGUCGCCAUUAAAGUUUCAUUUAGCGGACAAAAUGCAGAAAUGAAGGACAUGAACCAACUUAGUGGUGGUCAGAAAUCUUUAGUAGCAUUAGCAUUGAUUUUCGCCAUCCAAAAAUGCGAUCCAGCUCCGUUCUACCUCUUUGAUGAAAUCGAUCAGGCCCUUGAUGCUCAACAUCGAAAAGGAGUAGCUGAUAUGAUCCACGAGCAUUCGAAAAAUGCCCAGUUUAUUACCACAACUUUCAGACCGGAACUCUUGGAACAUUCAGAUAAAUACUAUGGUGUCAAAUUCCGUAACAAAGUCAGCCAUGUUGAGUGCGUUACUAGGGAGGAAGCGUACGAUUUCGUCGAGGAUGAUCAAACCCACGGCUAGAUUACUGAUGAAAAUUAAAACAAAGAUAGAAACACAUCGUUUCCAGCCCAUUCGCCAUCAUGCAUCUUUUUUUUGUUUCGUUAGCAAUCGUGUCAUCAUCUCCAAAAUUAUGUUGGAAUACAUUUCAACAAGAA